AUGUCAGUGCGGCCGCCGGAGCUCGAUCGCAACCAGGAUGCCACCUGCUACGUCGGCAACCUCGACGACCGGUGCACCGACGCCAUCGUCUGGGAGCUCAUGAUCCAGGCGGGCCCGCUCGUCCACCUGCACCUGCCAAAGGACCGCAUCACCCAGUCGCACCAGGGCUACGGCUUCGCAGAGUUCCAGACCGAGGCGGAUGCGGACUAUGCCUGCAAGGUGAUGAACGGCCUCAAGCUUUACGGCAAGCCCAUCCGCGUCAACAAGGCCUCGAGCGACAAGAAGCAGAUCGACAUCGGCGCCAACCUCUUUGUCGGAAACCUCGACGCAAAUGUCGACGAGAGGGCGCUGUACGACACCUUUAGCACGUUUGGACAGAUUGUCGGCGUUCCAAAGGUGGCGCGAGAUCCCACUACGGGUGUCUCCAAGAACUUUGGCUUCGUCUCCUUUGACAACUUUGAGUCGGCGGAUGCUGCCAUCGAGUCGCUCAACAACCAGUUCUUGCUCAACCGGCCCAUCACCGUCACGUAUGCCAUCAAAACGGACAGCAAGACGGGCGAGCGUCACGGCACCGCCGCAGAGAGGCUGCUGGCAGCGCAGGCGAGGAAGAACAAUGCUCUCCCGCCGCCACCGCCGCCGCCCAUGAUGCGACCGCCAGGUCCUCCAGGCAUGUACGGGGGUGGACCCCCGGGCGGUCCUCCCGCGCCGUGGGGCGGCUUCGCCACGGGCGCCAACGCCGGUGCAGUCGGACCUGGACCCGGCCAGCAGCACCACUUCCAGCAGCAGCAGCCGCAACCACCGUACGGCCAAAACGGGCAUGGUCCUCCGCCUCCAAGCGCUCCACCGGGCGUCGGGAUGGGAGGACCUACGCCGCCACCGCCCGCACCGGGGAUGGCGAUGGGCAUGCCACCUCCUCCCAUGCACGCUGGCAUGCAGGGCGGCCCCCCGAUGCCGCCGCCCCCGCACCUUCAGCAGCGUCCUCCGCCUCCUCCUGGCUCGAUACCCCCUCAUCAGCAGGGCUACGGCGGACCCGGACAGUGGUAG